AUGAGCCAAGAAAGCGACGAGAAGCUUCGUCUGACGAGACCAAUGACAGCAUCAUUGGCAGCUCCAGGGGCCGUUUCCAUCGAUCCUGGAGAUGGAGAUGGUUCAGAAGGAUACAGUCCCAGUCCCAGUACUAGGGAUAUCAAGGCGAUCCCAGCGCAAGCUUCUUUUGCAGCGGCGGGUUUGAGCCAAAGCAAGACGAGCACUCAGAGCAAUAGCAGCAGCCGUUCCAUCACGAGUGGAGCUACACGUACAAGUGAGUUCACUGACCUCCCGAAGCCAGGCCUUCGUCAGAACAGUACUUCGGGUACACCUGGCGCUGUUGCCGUUGAUGGCGAGGCUUCAGAGCAAGGAGGCUUGAGUGCCGGCAGAAGUGUCAUUAAAGAAAAGCGUCGAAUCCUCGAGGGAGGAAACAAUGCUAGUGCUGCUUCUACUGGUGCUUCUACUGGUGCUUCUACUGGUGCUUCUACUGGUGCUUCUACUGGUGCUUCUACUGCUGCUUCUACUGCUGCAGCUGGAGCCUCCAAAGCAGGACUGCGAGGUCGCUCUGGGCCGGACAUUGUCGGCUCGAAGCAGCGAGUUGGAGAUCCUGACUUGCUCGAGGGAGGAAACAAUGCUGCUGCUGCUACAACUGCUGCAGCUGGAGCCUCCAAAGCAGGACUACGAGGUCGCUCUGGACCGGACUUCGUCGGUUCAAAGAAGAGAAUUGGGGAUCCAGACUUUCUCGGAGGCGGAAACGAUGACGAGCCGGGCAAUCAUGAACAGAAUCAUGCGGACAAUGCGAGAGUCAUCGAGGAAGGUAAUAAUGAACGGAGUGAUGGAGAGAACGCCGCAGACCUGGAGGAAGGACUUGCUACAGCUGUACCAGUUCAGGAAGACCUCAAUGACGAUGGGAUUGUGGAGGCAACCCCAGAUUCGGGUGAAGUGGUAGUGGUAGUUGAGACUCCACCUCCUUCUGAAGCACCCUCCGAAGCACCUUCUCCUUACCCCAGUCAAGCCCCAAGUUUCUUUCUAGCUGAAGACUUCCCCGAGACUACAUUGGAAGUCAUUAGAGACGAUCCUUCAUCACCGCAAGCCAGAGCCUAUCAAUGGAUAAUGGAUGAUCCAAAACUGCAAACGUACAGCAGUGAGCAGAAGCGCCAGCGCAUGGCACUUGCUACCUUCUACUAUGCCACUUUUGGGGAAAGCUGGACCUCUAGCCAUCUUUGGUUGUCACACGAUCAUCAUGAAUGUGACUGGGAAAGCAAAAUGAAUACUGGAAGCAAUGAAAAUGCCUCUGUGUGUGAUGCCAAUGGCAACUACUUGUACCUUAUCUUCACCAACCACAAACUCAGGGGCACAAUUCCAGCUGAUGAUCUCCUUCUACUCACAUCACUCAAAGCACUCGAGAUUGAUAACAAUGAUAUCGAAGGGACAUUUCCCAUUGAGCUUGGAUCCUUGCCAAACUUGGAGGCGCUCCGACUUGAUAACAACAAGUUGACAGGGACUCUUCCAAUUCUUCCAAAGGGUUCCUUUCAACAACUCAUGGACUUGACUCUUAACAAAAACGACUUCACAGGCACCCUACCUACCGAAUUGGGUGGGUUGUCCAAUUUGGAAACCCUGCUGUUGGGUGAGAACUCAUUCAGUGGAAUGAUUCCCUCAGCACUGGGUCAGCUCUCUUUGUUGGAUGAAUUGAAUCUCAGAAUGACUGACAUGACCGGGACAAUCCCUUCGGAAAUGGGUCAGUUGACAAACCUCAAGCUUCUAAGUAUGAAGGAAAACCAGUUUACUGGCAGCUUACCUUCAGAGCUGGGGCUGCUUGGCAAAUUAGAAGAAUGUUAUUUAGAGCAUAUCUACUUCAGUGGACCAAUCCCCACUGAGAUUGGAAUUGCAAGGAACCUGAAUACUUUCUACAUCCUGGGUGACAAUGCUCUAACGGGGACCAUUCCCACAGAGAUUGGUUUGCUCACAAGAUCACAACCGGCACUACUAUGGGGGAAGAGUAAGCUGAAGGUUUGGCUCCUCACUGAGUUUGUCCGAUUGAUCCCCAAUCAUGUUAUGCAUAAGAGGCCCCAAUUUGCAUAUCAAUACGUUCACGAAAAGAAAGUUUUCAUCUAA